GUGAGAUGUGAAAUCGGCUCGGCCAUCAUGGGAUACUGCUUCGAGGAAGCGGCGUUCGAAGCAGACGACUUCCACCCCGCGACAUUCUUGGAAGAAUGCCAAAGCCGUAGCCCAAUUGUUCAAGUGCACCAUGACCUGGAAAAUUUUAUGCAGUCGCUCGAGAACCAGCUCGUCGCAAUCAUCGACAAAGACUACGCCGAGUUCCUGCAAUUGUCCGUAAAGCUCAAAGGAGUGAACAGUGCUGUCUUAUCGUUGAGAAGUCCACUGCUGCACAUCCUCGAACGCGUCCAUGCUGUCAAGGCAGCCGCCCAUACAUUGGUGCACAAAGCAGAAGCCCACGUGGCGCAGUUAGCGCAGUUGCAAACGCACAAGGCAAAUCUGCAGCUCAGCAUCACCAUUGCCGAGAAAUUCCACUCGGUCGAGUCGUUGCUUGGGAUUGCGUCGAUCUCUCAUGCUGCUAAUGCAGAAGUCGAUGUUCCGUUCAUUUCUGCCGAGCAAUCGACCCUCCUCGAACGAGCUGCGCGGCUUGUCCUUGAACUCGGCAGUCUAUUGGCACAAGGCGUCGACGUCCCGACCAUCUCGGCCGAGGAGCCACGGCUCGCACUGGUCGAACGCACUCUUCGCCAACGCCUCGAGGCAGAACUCGCGACAGAGAUCGUCCCAGAUAGCUUUUACGCUCGCGAACACGUGAUCAACACGACCAACGUGAACCACCUCCUUCGCGCCUACGUGCUCCUUCAAGAAGCAUCGAUCGCUGAAGCCAUGGUCGCCCGACUCGUCAUGCAGCCGUUCCUCGACGAGACGAUGACACGAGGUCGACUGGACGGUCGGCACCGCGGAUCAUGUGAGGGCCUUUCGGGGAUUUACGCGGCUGUUCUCCAAUAUGUCGAACGCAAGCUCGGGGCAGUGCUGGUGCUACCAGUGUGUCAGGGCGGCAACCCCAGCACGAGCGUCGAUCUCCUUGGCCACAGCAUCUGGACGCCGGUCGUCGACACGAUGCGCGCCAAGUUGGGCGAAGUAUUCACGCCUGCCAACCCCGACCGAUUCCACCACAACUUUACAACGUCCAUGUCGUUUGCGACGUCGUUGGAGCAGCUCUGUGCAACGCCGGUAGCUGCCCAACGCUUCCGCACGACGCACGUCCAGCCGUUCCGUGACUCGUGGAACCUUGUCGUGUACUUGCAGCUGCGUCAAAAUGAACUCAACCAGGCGCUGGCAGUGAGCAAGUCGACGAUGCGGUCACUGGACUCGUUCGUGCCCCCGACAACGUCCGACAGCCACUCGUCCUCCUUUGCGUUUCCAGUGACGACUGCGACGUGGCAAGUGUUGGUGAAGACCUGGUCGGACGGCGUUGUCCUGGCGCCGUUAGUCGCGGCCUCGGCGCGGUAUUCGCUGACAGUGUUGUCGCAAUAUGCAUCGUACUGGCGCGACCCGCUCGAGAAAGCGUUGGCCUUGGUGAAAUCUGCCCAAGGCAACGCCAAGACGAUGAGCUUGACGGAAGUCCACCACGCCGGGCUCUCGACAUGCGACGACGUGUUCUGUCUCGGCAGCGACCUGCACCGCCUUGGGUUGCAGGUGCGGUUGCGUGUUGGGAGGAACUUGCCAAACGACUGACAGUUUGGAGGUCGCAGGUGAAGCGCGACUUGGUCGGGAUGAUCGCGUCCAAGGUGCCGCGAGAGGCGCUGGCGUCGGACGAAGCUGCCACAGAAUUUGCGCGGAAGCUUGUGGACGAGGUACAAGUUGCCGUGACGAACUUUACCUAGCCUCACGUUCAGCACAGCCGAUGCAAGCACUGGAGCUUCUCGAGCGCAUGUGCUGGGACGUGGCAGUCAUCGUCGUGUCGGAGGAGUGCAAAAAAGUCCUGCCUGCCGUAAGGUACGAAGUCCGACGAGCCCCAAGAGUCUGGGACGGCAUGUCAUGGUUAGAACGAUCAAAGGACAGUACCAGAUGACCAACAAACCCAUGCCGACGACGCCGUCGUCGUACGUGGCGACGGUGACGCGACCGCUCCACGCAUUCCUCGACAAGUGGCGCGACUCGUUGGGCGCAUAUGCGAUGAGUGCGGACGUGUUGUCGACGACAAUGGAAAUGUACGCGUCGUUGGCGUCGGAGCUACUCAAGUCUGCCACCGAGUUGGAAGAGUCGUUGAAGAGCCGCAAGAACCAGCGCCUCAUGGUACGCCGAUACGCUCGAUAGAGCCAACACCUCAAUAUCUUGAUCUCGGUGGUGUUGUAGCACACUUCGUCCAGCUUGGACGAUUCUAUAUCGGACACGGACAAGAUGCGGCAACAGCUGCAUUUGGACAUGCAAGAACUUGCCAGGUAGUGCUCGCUGCAUUCCCUUCCAUGCUUUUGCGACUCACUCCUGUGCAUAGGAACUCUACUGCAUUUGGUGUGGAUAUCUCUCAGUUCUCGUCGUUUCAGCGAAUGCGCCAGGACGUGGCCGCCAAGGACAUCUAGGCUGGAAGCGACCUCGCUCCAAGGUCCUAUCCAUGUCGAGAAUCUAUCGUCUAAACCUAAAUAUGCUUUGGAGUGCAUUAUUCAUUAAAA